AGGAGGCGGAGCUCGGCUGCACCUGUAGGGGGCGCCACAGCUGCUGACCGGAACCCAGCGGGGCAGAGGAAAGAUGGCAGCCGCGGCGGUGGCUGAGUUUCAGAGAGCUCAGUCUCUUCUGGGGACAGACCGGGACGCGUCCAUCGACAUCUUACACUCGAUAGUGAAGCGGGACAUCCAGGAGAGUGAUGAGGAGGCAGUGCGGGUUAAAGAGCAGAGCAUCCUGGAGCUGGGUGCACUGCUGGCCAAGACAGGACAGGCUGCGGAACUUGGGGGCCUGCUAAAGUAUGUACGCCCCUUCCUCAACUCCAUCUCCAAGGCCAAGGCAGCCCGGCUGGUCCGCUCCCUGCUUGACCUCUUCCUGGACAUGGAGGCCGCCACAGGUCAGGAGGUCGAGCUCUGCCUGGAGUGCAUAGAGUGGGCUAAAGCUGAGAAGAGGACCUUCCUCCGACAGGCGCUAGAGGCUCGUCUCAUUUCACUGUAUUUCGACACAAAGUGCUACCAGGAAGCACUGCAACUCGGCUCCCAGUUGCUGCAGGAGCUAAAGAAGAUGGACGACAAGGCCCUGCUGGUGGAGGUUCAGCUGCUGGAGAGUAAGACGUACCACGCGCUGAGUAACCUUCCCAAGGCCCGUGCCGCCCUCACCUCUGCCAGGACAACCGCCAACGCCAUCUACUGCCCACCCAAACUACAAGCAGCUUUAGACAUGCAGUCAGGGAUUAUUCACGCGGCAGAGGAGAAGGACUGGAAGACGGCUUAUUCCUACUUCUACGAGGCCUUUGAGGGCUACGAUUCCAUCGACAGCCCCCGAGCCAUCAUAGCCAUCAAAUACAUGCUGCUCUGCAAAAUCAUGCUCAACUUGCCAGACGAUGUCCAAGCCCUCAUCAGCGGGAAGCUAGCUCUCCGGUACGCUGGCAGAGAGAUGGACUCUCUGAAAUGUGUGGCACAGGCCAGCAAGAACCGGUCGCUCGCAGACUUUGAAAAGGCACUGACAGAGUACAAACCUGAGCUGAGUGAUGACCCCAUCAUCAGCACCCAUCUGACCAAGCUGUACGACAACCUGCUGGAGCAGAAUCUCAUCAGGGUCAUCGAACCUUUCUCCAGGGUCCAGAUAGCACACAUUUCCUCCCUCAUCAAACUCUCAAAGGGAGACGUGGAGAGGAAGUUAUCACAGAUGAUUCUGGAUGAGAAGUUUCACGGUAUAUUGGACCAAGGCGAAGGCGUCCUGAUUGUCUUCGACGAGCCAGUUGUGGACAAGACGUACGAGGCGGCCCUGGAGACCAUUCAGAACAUGAGCAAAGUGGUUGACUCGCUCUACAACAAAGCCAAGAAGCUCACAUAAGAGAGAGCGAAGUGUCCGUCCUCCUGUCCGGAGUGAUGUGGACAAGUCAGACCUCCGUGGAUCGCUCACUUCAACCCAGGAGGGGACGGAGGAGGGGAGGAGCAACGAGGAGAGUACAAACACUCAACAAUCCAGCAAGCAAAU